AUGAAUAAUAUUAAAAGACAAUUAACUGGACCAUUUGAGCCCAUAACUAGUCAUUCAAGUGACGAAGAUAUAGAGGAUCUACACACAUUUUCCAACAAUGUUGGAACGGGCAAAAAUAUACCUACCAUUAUACCUCCAUCUUUAAAUAUUGUUCCUCCACCUAAGGAUAUUGACAGUAUUGAUGACAGGUCAGAUUCUGCUGAAGCACAUGAUGAACCUAUUAGGAAAAAUGAAUCAAGGAUGGCAAAUCUAUUUAAAAAAGUACAGCCUAAUGGUUCGCCAGGUAGAAGGCGACCACGACUCUUCCUAAGGACUACAUCGUUCAGUGGGAGUGAUGAUAAUAGGGAUGAUAAUGUCUCAUCGACAUCAGGACAUUCACCUUUAACAAAUUUCACAGCAGGUUUAAGGGAUACUAGAUUGCGUAGCAAGAGUACUGGUACACGACGUUCAUCUAGUUCAGUAAGUAGGGCACCACGAUCAGCAAAGGUUUUAUCAUUUGUGGCUGCCGAUGAUAUGGACGACUUUCAAGAUUUACAAAAGGAUUUUAAUUUUAAACAUGAUGAUAAAUCUUUUGGCUGGUUACCUCAAUUGAAUGACGAUGAUACUGCUGAUGAAAGUAGCAAUAGCUCUCAGAGUGGGUAUGAAGAUGAGGAUGAAGAGGAUAUUAGAUCUCAAUUAACACCCCGAACACCAUCGAGAAGAGCGUCGUCUAAUGAAAAUGCCCCAACCGAAACGUCAGGCUCAACAUAUCUUGGAAUAUUCAAAAAAUCACCAGCCAAAGUGCCGACUACGCCUCGAAGGUUGUCAAUUAGUGGAUCUUCCAAAUUUCAUGUUAGUCACGAGGAAAUAGCUGAGAGCACUGGAAAGGGUUCGGAUAAAGAGGAUGGCUUAGCCAUUUCAACAUACUCAAUAGAAUUACCGGAUUUUGAUCAACCACUUGGAAAGCCAUUCGUGAAACCGUUAAAGUUAUAUGGCAAUUCAUUAUGUUUAAUCAGUCCCACCAACUUUAUUAGAGUUAAAUUAGCAUCCAUUCAUAUGAACAACCAUUAUCGUUUUGCAUACUUAAUAAUAUUAACUACAUUUACAGCAUUACUAGCGAUUAGAACAUAUCAUCCGAGGACAUAUUCAUUUCUUUACAGUUUUAAGAAUUGGUCAGAUUAUAUCAAUUUUUUCCUGUACGUUUAUUUUACAAUAAAUGAUGUUACCAAGAUAAUUGCAUUUGGUUUCUGGGAUGAUUCUCAGAUGUUUGAGGUGUAUGGGAAAGAAUAUAGGUCGAUUCUCGAGAGGAUGGGUAUUCUUAGACUUUAUAGAACGUUGAGUAAAAAAUAUGGGCACAAGUUAAUUGAUUAUAUAAUGCCAGCAAGGGUUAUUAACGAGGACAGGCUAAGAUUGAAAAGGCAAGAAUUAAAUAGUUCUAUCACCAAACAAAAACGUCAAAAGCAGAAAAAAAUAUACUUUGAUACGCCUCGAGCUUACGCACGCUCAUCUUGGAAUCGUGUCGAUCUGGUAUCGACUUGUUGCUUCUGGGUAGGUUUGUUUCUCUCCAUAAGAGAUUUCGAUGAAAGAAAUGGUAUCAAGGUAUUUAAACCAUUGGCUGUAAUAAGGAUAUUGAGAUUAGUGCAUACAGAUACUGGUAUAUCCUCGAUCCUGAGAGCUUUGAAAUAUGGUAUUCCACAAUUGGUGAGUGUCGGGUUUAUGCUAGUGUAUUUUUGGGUAUUCUUCGGUAUUCUUGGUGUUCAAUUAUUCCAAGGUUCGAUGAGAAGACAAUGCGUUUGGUUUAACCCUGAUGACGCGACAGAUACCUAUCAAUAUAGUAUGCAAUUUUGUGGUGGACAUCUGGAUCCUAAUACUAGUAAACCGGCUCCGUAUACGUAUUCUAAUGGUUUAUCAGCGCAAGUUAGUAAGGGAUUUUUAUGCCCAGUAAACUCAAGAUGUAUCUCAAAUGCCAAUCCGUAUAAUGGAAGGAUUAGUUUCGACAAUAUAGUUAAUUCAAUGGAGAUAGUCUUCGUUGUAAUGAGUGCAAACACUUUCACGGAUAUAAUGUACUAUCUCAUGGAUUCAGAUGAUAUGGCGGCUUGUUUAUUCUUUGUUCUGGCAAUUUUCGUUUUAACUAUUUGGAUGAUGAAUUUACUAAUUGCUGUUCUGGUAUCAUCCUUUGAAAUUGCAAAUGAAAAGUUUAAAAAGAAGAGACUUGAAAAACACUCUAACGAAAGUUGGCCUGUACGUUUGACAGCUGGUUAUUGGAGAUUUUUCCAGGUAAAGGCCUCUCAAACAAAUCUACCUGACUGGUCUGUUCGAUGUCUAAGGGUAUACGGUAUAAUUGAGCCAAUAUUUAUCAGUUUAAUUAUGGUUGAUUUGGUAUUUCGGUCAUGUAUUACAUCUAAUAGUCCUUCCGAUUUUAUUGAUUUAGUUUUAAAAGUCGAUAGGGCUAUUUCUAUUGUUCUCUUCAUUGAGACUUUAGGAAGAUUAGUUUUGUAUUCACCUAAUUUCUGGAAAUUUUUGGUUCGUGGGGAUUUUUUGUUUGAUAGUAUUAUAGCUGUGGCCUCGCUGAUUGUAAGCAGUUUAGGGGUGUCGAAUAAAAUAGGUCAUACAUACUAUUGGUUAUCUAUUUUCCAAAUCAGUCGAUUUUACAGAGUUGUAAUUUCGAUACCAUUUACCAGACAUCUAUGGAAACUAGUUUUGAGCAAUGGUUUGAUGAUAUGGAAUUUAUCUGCUUUUUAUUUUUUUUUUACUUUUCUGGUGGCAAUAAUCACAUCCAUAUAUAUGGAAGGUAUUAUUCCUAUUGAUGAGAUGGAGGAAAACGCUUUUGGGAUGUAUUCCCUACCAAAUUCGUUCUUAUCUCUUUUUAUCAUCGGCUCCACCGAAAAUUGGACUGAAAUUCUAUAUUCUAUUCAGCAAUAUGCACCAAACAUAUCCACUGCUUUCUUUUGUUCAGUUUUGUUAAUUAUUUGGUUCAUUCUUUCCAAUUCUGUGAUAUUGAAUAUUUUCAUUGCCUUAAUUUCUGAAAGUAUGGAUGUUGACGAAAAUGAGAAGAGGCCCCUACAGAUAAAGCACUAUUUACAAUACGUAUAUCCUCAAAAGAUCCAAGAAUAUACUCAUGCAAGCUUUCUUCAAAGAUUAAGAAAGAAAUUUUUCAAGAAGAGUUACAAAGAUGACUCAAGAGAUUUUAAACAAUUUUUAAUUAGAGGAACAGCAAUCAUGAAUAUUGCACAUAAUAUGGAAGAUUUAGCAAAAGAAUUUAAGGAUAAGAGCGAAAAGAACGGUUACAGGAUUACGAAUUGGGCAUAUAAACUUGUUGACAGUUUAGCAUCGAAAGUCAAUGUAACCAUAUAUGCAAACAAUCCGUUUUAUAAACAUCCUGAGGUAUUGUUUACGGAAACAAAUGAGAGAAGUAACAAGAGUUAUGUUCUUCAACUGAACGAAUAUGAAGAAGAAAAAUUAAGUUUUCUAAGGAAAAAUCCAUCCUUCAACUAUUCUUAUUUUAUUUUCCCGCCUAGACAUAGAUUCCGUCGUUUUUGUCAGAGACUUGUACCUCCUAGUACUGGUAAAAGAACAGAUGGUAUUCGUUUUUACGAAGAUGAUACAGAUUUGUACAGUAAGAGACGUUACUUUCGUAGAUGGGAAAGAGAUGUUUUCGUUUUGAUCUAUGCUUUAGCAACAUUACUUUUGAUCGUUACAUCAUGUUAUGUCACACCAUUAUACAGAAUGAAACAUAACAUCAAAACAUAUGAUUGGCCGCUAUAUCUAGAUUCAUCGUUGGUAUCCUUAUUUACCAUAGAGUUUAUUGUUAAGACUAUUGCCGAUGGUUUAGUUUACUCUCCAAACGCAUAUGUGCGUAAUCCUUGGAAUCUAAUUGAUUUUGUUGUCUUGAUAUCAAUGUGGAUUUAUUACAUUGUAUUUUUGAAAAACGAUGGUAAUUUAUCUAGACUUUUCAGAGGUUUGUCAGCCCUAAGAGCAUUAAGAUGCUUGACUAUUAGCAAUACUGCUAGGCAAACAUUUAAUCUGAUUAUGUUUGAUGGUAUGAAAAGAAUUGGUGGUGCUGCCCUUAUAUGUUUAAGCCUGUUGUUUCCAUUUACUGUAUGGGGUUUAGGCGUCUUCAAUGGUCGGUUAGCAGUAUGUAAUGACGGCAAUUACGAUAUGCAACAUUGUUUUAAUGAAUAUACUAAUACAGUCUUCCAGUUCGAUGUUAUGAUGCCUAGGGUAUACAGUAAUCCAUAUUUGUAUUUUGAUUCAUUUGGAUCUUCCUUCCGUUCUUUAUAUGAAAUUAUCUCUUUAGAAGGUUGGGUUGAUUUGCUUCAGAAUUUGAUGAAUAGUACAGGGGUAGGAACAAUUCCAUCCUUACUAGGCAAUUCUAACAAUGCAGUAUUUUUGGUUUUAUUCAAUUUUUUGAGUAUGGUUUUUAUACUGAAUCUUUUCGUCUCAUUUAUCAUCAAUAAUCAUACUAAAACAAAUGGUAGUGCAUAUUAUACGAUUGAAGAAAAAUCAUGGCUGGAAUCAAAGAAACUUUUAACACAAGCAACCCCUAGAGUUAUUCCGAAUUUAUUAGAAAUGUCACGCUUCAGAAGGUUUUGCUACUUUCUAGCUGUCGAGAAAAAACAUUUUUACUACGCAUCCUUUCUACAAGUUGUUCUUUAUGUCCAUAUUAUAAUGUUAUUGGCAAUUUCUUACUAUGAUAAAUAUAACCAUGAGACAAGGUAUAACGAUAUCUAUUUUAUGUUCUCAUUAACCGUAUUCAUGUUCCAGGAACUGGUAUAUAUGAUUGGUGAAGGUUUUGGACUUUAUUUAUCACAGUUUUGGAAUGUUCUUAGGUUCUGUGUCGUCGCAAUCUCCUUUAUUCUAUCAAUUAUUGGAUUGAAACUGCCCUUAUCCUACGUAUGGUUUCAUAAUUUUGACGAUUUUUUCCAUUUGGUAAUCUUUUUAUUUGUUAUUCCACAGAAUAAUACUCUUAGUGAACUAUUGGAAACUGCAAUGGCCAGUUUACCUCCAAUUCUCUCUCUGACAUACACAUGGGGUAUCCUAUUUUUAGUUUAUGGUAUGGCCCUGAAUCAAAUAUUUGGUAUGACUAGGUUAGGAGCUAACACAACUGGUAAUAUCAAUUUUAGAACCGUUAUUAAGGCGUUUAUUGUUCUAUUCAGAUGUAGUUUUGGUGAGGGGUGGAAUUACAUAAUGGAUGAUCUAACAGUUGCUCCUCCUUUCUGUUUUAGUGACUCUAAGAAUUCAACAUCUGAUUGUGGUUCUUCCGUUUAUGCUUAUAUUCUUUUAAUGUCAUGGAAUAUUCUUUCCAUGUAUAUUUUCUUGAAUAUGUUUAUUUCUCUAAUUAUAACUAACUUUAGUUAUGUUUAUAGACAAGGAAGCUCUCAUUCUCUAAUUAAUAGAGGCGAAAUUAGGAAAUUUUCCGAAGCCUGGUCAAAUUUGGAUACCGAUGGGGUAGGGGAGCUUGAGUUCUCCUAUUUACCUAAAUUGAUGCAUUCUUUUGAUGGUACAUUUUCAUUCAAAAUUUGGGAAGGGAGUCUCACAAUUAAAAAUCUGGUUGAUAAUUAUAUCACUGUAAAUCCACAUGACCCAUACGAUGUAGAAGUUGAUUUGAUUGGUUUAAAUAAUGAGUUAAGUAAAAUCGACAAGGUGAAGAUCAUUGCGCGAAGGUUAAAAUAUAGAAGGUUCAUUCAAGAAGUCCAUUACACAAACGCUUAUAGAGGUGCUGUAAAAUUCAGCAAGCUUCUGCAAUUAAUUCCGCUAUAUACAAUUUACAAUCCUAGAGAAUGUCUGGGAAUUGAUGAAUACGUGAGAUAUCUAUACAAUUUAGGGAAAGUAGAUAAAUAUCUAGAGAAUGAGAGAAGUGUUGAUGUUUUAGAUAUGGUUGUGACAAGGUAUAAAUACAUCACAAAAAUGAAACAGGAUGAUAAUCCAUUUAAGGUUAUUGAUGAUAACAAAUUAGAAGAUGAAUUAACAGUGAAAGAAAACUCUGAGCCAAUGCCCCUAGAAACCCCACACAUGAACUUUGGUGUUGAUAAUUUUCUUUGGUCUCCAAAACUGGAAUCUGUUUCUCAAAAUAAACAUUUUAAAAAUACUGAAGGGGAAGGAUCGUCGAACAAUGAAUCAUCUAAAGAUAGCGAUUUACCACAUAGAACUAUUUUAUAG